GACUAUCUCUGGAAGUAGUCUACAAUUUCCGAACGGAUUUUCCGCAAAAUUACUGUUCCAUUUGACUUACAACCGAAAUUUGCGAAUAUUUUUGCCAAAUGGUAAGCACCCCGUAGGCCCUAGGAACCACAGGUUCAUUUAUGGGCUACCUGUGCUUUACUGAACUUUGGGAUGCCUGUGAGGCCGACUCCAUACGGUAGCUUCCGUUGUGUCGAAUUCUGGCCCCGCAAUCACAUACAGCUACAUUCCCCUUUGAUUUAGGUAUUUAUAGUCAGAACUGUGGUGAAGACCUCCAUAAUGUUCCUGGCCACUUUACAGAAGUUCUUCUUUCUGCUUUUGCUGAUCCAAGUCAUGGUGACGAAUUUUGCUCAGCACACCAAAGCCAAUGUGCUCAAAGAAUGCGUAAAUUAUACCGCUUGUAUUGAAACCUACGCAGAUGUCUACAGUGCCUUGGCAUCGCCGAAGAACUACUUCAACAUUGCUCUAGCUCUGUACCCUGCAAGGAAGCCUUCAUCUGUUCUUGUUCAUGUCAAUUUGCAUACAUUCAACCAAACGGGAAAAUCCUCACCAGUUCCGUACACAUGGAGCAUGUCGUGUCUAUACGCUGCUUUCCCUGCCGAGGUUCUUGAGUUAUUGUCUCUUGGUUCGAUCCUAGUCACAUCUCGAAAGCGAGAAUUAAAUAUCACAAUUGCACCGUUCUGUUCUAAUGUCUCUGAAGAUGACCGCUUUAUAAUGAUCGACAGAGUACUGGCUGAGCUUCAAGAUCUGGCCGUGAGUCCAAAAAUAGAGGAUCCAACGCUGAACACAGCUGAGUGUGUAAUACAGGGUCAUGAGCCAGACAUAUCUGCUACAGGACGCAGCGCUUACAUCAGAGCAAUCUUAUGCAGCAUCCCUGGAUGGGAUACUAGUGCGAUGGCAGAUAACCUCACGUGGCCCAGCGACCAAUAG